AUGUCAGAUAAGAGGACUUUAAUUGCUGUGAUAGGGGAUGAGGAUACAAUUACCGGUAUGCUUUUAGCCGGUGUGGGACAAGUGGCGCCUUCGUCCCAGGAAAGAAACUUUAUGAUUUAUCAAGAAGGCAAAACCACGAGAGAGGAGAUCUCGAAAUCAUUUGACAAUUUCACGCAAGAAAGGGAAGAUAUCGCGAUUGUUUUGAUUAACCAGCAUGUUGCUGAGAAAAUUAGAGGUCAGGUUGACAGUUUUACGGCGGCUUUCCCUGCAGUCCUUGAGAUCCCCUCGAAAGAACACCCUUACGACCCUGAAAAGGAUUCCGUGCUGAAGAGAGUUAGAAGACUUUUCGGCGAAUAA